AUUUUGAAUUGAACUAUAUCUGUGGUUCCACAGUGGGGAAUAGCAUCACAUGCAGUGUAUAAAAACUGUAACUACUGCAACACGCACGGUACCGUAUUCUGUAAUUUUAUAACCGUUCCAGCAUUAUAUUGGAGGAAGUGUGUAUUCCUUCUGUGUGAAUUCCAACACCUAUGUAAUAAUAACAAAAUAUUAACAUGUUUUUUUGUCAGUUUGUUCUGUUUAAAACUCCUAAAGUUAAAGAUAUCAAGUGCCUCUCUUUCAUUCAAAUAUUUCAUCCUUAGAGAGAAAUGCAGAAAAUCGUCGCCAACUGUAUUUGAGCCGUGCCAUGGGAAAAUCAACAUAGUGGCUUUGCGACCAGCAUGGAUCAAGACCAGCCUGCGCAUCCGCGCAGUCUGGUCAGGCUCCAUGCUGGUCGCUUUUAAAGCCUAUUGGAAUUGGAGAAACUGUUAGCGAACAGCAUGGAUCCUGACCAGACUGCGCGGAUGCGCAGGCUGGUCUGGAUCCAUGCUGGUCGCACACCCACUAUGUUGGUUUUCCCAUGGCACGGCUCAAAUGUUAUACAGAAUCAGUCGUUUCUAAGUUUUCAGUUGUAGUAAAUAUUUAUACUGUAAAGCUAUAUGUAUAUUAAGUGUAUUCAAUUAUAUAAAUUCAUUGCUCAGUACCGUUAAUACAGUAAAAUGUAAAUUUUAUGAAAACAUAAACUAAAUAAACUAUAUCUAGCAUUUUUCGUGUUUUGAAAUUAUAGGAAAUUUGGUCCCAGUGUUUUAAAUUGUGUUGUCGCUUUGACCGACAUUUUCCGAGGUGAAAUAUUAGUUAAAAAAACAAUUUCAGACAUGAAUUUCCAGAUAGAUUACAUGAUAUAUGUAUUAAGAUUUUCUUUGUGUAUGUACACUUCAUUUUUAAUCAUUGUGAAAAGUAUUUUGUAACAUAUUGUAAUAAAGUUAUUUACUUCCAGAAUGCAUGCACAACCGUAGCCGUGUUGCUACACUAUUGCCUGCUUGUCGUGUUCUUUAUGAUGCUUGCAGCGGCCGUGCAGAUAGCCUUCAGCGUAUUGUAUGUCUUCGGAACCAAAGUUAAGAAGAUAAAGCUGCUCCUGCCAAUUGCUCCAGGAGUUCCGGCAAUUAUUGUUACCAUUUCUGCAUCAGUUAAAAAAUUGAAUGGAUACGGAACAGAAGACUAUUGCUGGCUGGCAACAGACAAUGGUGUAAUAUGGGCAUUUAUUGGACCUGCUAUAUUUGUAAUAUGUGUAAAUAUGAUCUUGUUGAUCCUUAUUCUAAAGACCAUGCAUUCUACAAAAUUUGUGUCACAGAAGUCCGGAACAGAUAAAAUCAAGUAAGAUUAUAUUUCAUUUAGCAUGCCCUUAACGUCAAUACUUGGUUUACAUCUAAGAUAAUGAAUGUGUAAAUAUCCGCUUUAAUGACAGUUCAGGAUGUACUAGUAGGUCUAUGUUAUCAAUAUUACAGAUUCGUAACCUUUACCCUGCCAAAUUUCUAAAAUGGACUGGUCAGUCAUUCAAUUUGGGAAGUUCCA